AAUAUAGAGAUACAAAUAGGAGUGGGUUGGAGAUGGUCUAAGAAACUCGACGACAGUUAUCAAUUUAUUGGCUUAAAGAAAGAAAAAAUAUAUAUUUGGAUCCUCUUGUUGUUGGCACUUUGAAGUUUCGAAAUCAGAAAUCUCCCGAGUGAAAGAAUCAUCCUUCAUUGAUCGACUCAUUCCUUGUUAUCAGGUUUGAAGUCACGGACGGUGUGCGCUAGGUGUCUAAUAAUGGGCGUGGCGGGUUCGAAACUGGAGAAAGCACUGGGCGAGCAGUUCCCGGAGGGAGAACGAUACUUUGGCUUCGAAAACUUCGGCAACACUUGUUACUGUAACAGUGUUUUGCAGGCCCUUUACUUUUGUGCUCCCUUCCGUGAACAGUUGCUUGAAUACUACUCCACAAAUAAUAAAAGCUGUGAGGAGAAUCUCUUGACCUGCUUGGCUGAUUUGUUUUCUCAGAUAAGUUCUCAGAAGAAGAAGACAGGAGUUAUUGCUCCCAAGCGCUUUGUACAGAGGUUGAAGAAACAGAAUGUGCUUUUCCGGAGUUAUAUGCAUCAGGAUGCACAUGAGUUCCUUAAUUAUUUGCUAAACGAACUUGAUGACAUCUUAGAGAAAGAGGCAAAAACGGACAAUGAAACUUCAUCAAAUGGACCGAAACUUCUUCAGGAAAAUGGUGUUCAUAAAGAGCCUACUGUUACAUGGGUGCACAAGACUUUUCCGGGUAUACUUACCAACGAGACAAGGUGUCUGAGGUGUGAGACAGUAACAGCAAGAGACGAGACAUUCCUAGACCUAAGCCUUGAUAUUGAACAGAACAGUUCCAUAACUAGCUGUUUGAACAACUUCUGCUCCACCGAGACUCUACACUCUGAAGACAAAUUCUUCUGUGACAAAUGCUGCAGUUUACAAGAAGCACAGAAGAGGAUGAAGAUCAAGAAACCGCCACACAUCUUAGUCAUACAUCUGAAACGGUUCAAAUACAUAGAACAGUUGGGUCGCUACAAGAAGCUAUCUUACAGAGUAGUCUUCCCACUGGAACUGAAACUGAGCAACACAGUGGAAGAAUACGCGGACAUUGAGUACUCUCUCUUUGCAGUUGUGGUUCAUGUCGGAACCGGUCCCAACCACGGUCACUAUGUAAGCCUCGUGAAAUCCCAUAACCAUUGGCUCUUCUUUGAUGAUGAGAAUGUUGAAAUGAUCGAAGAGUCUGCUGUUCAAACAUUCUUUGGUUCGUCACAAGAGUACUCCAGCAACACUGAUCAUGGCUACAUCUUGUUCUAUGAGAGCCUCGGAACAAGAUAGAGGCAUUCGUCUUAACUAACUAAGAAAAAGUCAUUUUUCUUUUAACUAAAAUAAACUGAAAGUUUGUAUAUACUAAUGGAAACCAGACAUGUACAGUUUAAUGACAAGACAGAUUACACUA